CGCACAAACCAAUUUGUGUAGCCAAAAGUGCUGCAUAAAAAAGUUGUUCUGGUUCUAGUGCUACUUCCAUUAGGGGUAAGUGGAUGAAUGGAAAACCCACAUUUUCUGCUCUGAUUCCAGUAUAAAAAGGCUGAUCCUAUAAUCAGAUUUUUGCAUUGUGGCAUUGUGAGAGCUAGAGAACACUUGACUAAACUUCCAGCUUGUGAAUUGUGAACUUGUGAGGCACAAAAAAACAAAAAUGGAGGCUCCAAUGAAAUUCAUUUGCAUUCUGGGAUUGGUUGCAGUUAUAUGUACUAGCUGCCUUGAAAGGGUUGAUGGGGCUAGCGCAUGUGGAAAAUCUAGCCCAGAUGAUGAGGCCAUCAAGCUUGCUCCUUGUGCAAGUGCUGCACAAGAUGCAAACGCUCCUGUUUCCAGUGGCUGCUGCCAGCAGGUGAAGAGAUUGGGCCAAAACCCUAGCUGCCUCUGUGCUGUUCUGCUCUCUGACACUGCCAAGAACUCUGGUGUCAAGGCUGAGGUUGCCAUUACCAUUCCCAAACGCUGCAACUUUGCCAACCGCCCUGUUGGCUACAAAUGUGGACCUUACACACUGCCAUGAGUGGACAAAAAGAGAAGGUGAAGGCUACUAGCGUCAGUAAAUAGGAGAUUACUGCUUGGAUUUGGCAAUAAAAA